AUGUGGCCAGUGCCAAGACGAGUGACUUGUUCCUUUUGCGGCAAAGACAAAAAAAAAGAGGUCGAAACGCUGACUUCAUCUUUCGACCGCCAGCAACAACUCGCCAGCCACGCCGACAUCACGCAGCCGACAGACAGAGACGCGGGAAACGAGCAGACAGAGACAGGUAGAGGACGCCCCGGGCUGCCCGUUGGACUUCGCUGCCCCUUGCUGACACACGCCGUCUCACAGCUUUCACGCCAUCGAAACGCACCGGAGAUUAGCCAUCCUCCUGCACGGCAUCCAGACAGACAGACAGACAGACAGACAGACAGAGGAGACCAGGGCAACAGUGACGGCCAGAAGAGACAGAUAAACAGCCCUCGCAGCCUCUCCGUCUCGCCGUUGUUUCUCCCAGACUCGAUUCACCCUGGCCUUGGUUCUCGCCUGGACGGACCUAUCGCAUCUCGAAAACAUAGCAGCGUCACUCGCAGAGCAGCCGCCUCUACCCCAGCCAACACCGCGGCCAGUGAUACAGCAUCGCUCGCCAGCCAGCUCUUUUUCUAUCGACGGGGCCAUCCACGCUGUCCCCAGACUUCCUAUCGGCCCUGUGAAUCUUCGACAGACCGCCCUGCAUCCUCUCACAGCUUGACACGGCAUCGAUCGAGAGAGAGUACCUGGUUCCUUGUGCUGACAUUCACUCUCCAGAUCAAACUCCUGCUCAUCGGAGACUCUGGCGUGGGCAAGUCCUGCUGCCUGCUUCGUUUCAGCGAAGACUCCUUCACCCCAUCCUUCAUCACCACCAUCGGCAUCGACUUCAAGAUCAGAACAAUAAACCUCGACGGCAAGCGAGUAAAGCUGCAGAUAUGGGAUACCGCAGGACAGGAGAGAUUCCGAACUAUCACUACUGCCUACUACCGCAAUGCCAUGGGCAUCCUACUUGUCUAUGAUGUCACUGACGAGCGAUCAUUCAAGAACAUCCGAACUUGGUUCUCGAACGUUGAACAACAUGCUAGCGAGGGAGUACACAAGAUAUUAAUCGGUAACAAAUGCGACGGAGAAGAGAAGCGCGCCGUAACGGUUGAGCAGGGCCAGCAGCUCGCCAAUGAGCUCGGCAUCCCGUUCCUCGAGGUCUCUGCCAAAAAUAACAUCAACGUCGACAAGGCCUUCUACAGCCUCGCCACCGAAAUAAAGAAGGACAUGGAUGUCUCCAAGGCGGAACAGGCUGGCUCCCAGGGCGUCAACAUAGACAACCAGAACGGUGGCGCCGGCGGCUCUCUCGGGAAGUCAUGUUGCUAG